GUCCGGCGUCCGGCGGGAGAACGAGUGUCCACCUCCUGGGCCCGGGGCUAAGGCGGGAGAGCGGCCACCACAGGGCGGGGGUGGGGGGGCGGCGAGGCGCGGGCGAUCCCCGGGGCAGCGCCGCCACUCCGCGCUCCCGCCCCCCGUGGCCGGACGUGGCACCUCCCCCGCGGCGGCCGGAGCCGGGAGGUGGGGUCGGGAGUCGGAGCCCCGGGGCUCUGAUGUCACCGCGCGGCUGCCGGCGCCCAGGAGCGUGUCUCGGGCUGGAGUUCAGGCCCCGCGGAGCUGGCCUCAGCCCUCACCUGCGCAGCCAUGGAGGCCCCGGCGCCUGGGGGCGACCGCGCCUCCCCAGCCUCGUCCACUCGCAGCCUGGACCUGCGGCGGCUGUCCGCGCGCGCCGACUCGGCCUACAGCUCUUUCUCCGCGGCCUCCGGCGCUCCCGAGCCGGCCACGCCGUCGCCUGGGACCGACCUUCUCCCUUACCUGGACUGGGACUACGUGCGCGUGGUGUGGGGCGGCCCGGCCCCCGCUAGCGGCCUUCGCACGUCCCCGCAGCCCCGGCCCGCGGCCGCCGCGCGCAGUGGGCCCCGGCCGCCGGAGGUCCGGGGGACGCCGGGGCCGCUCAGCCGGCAGGCCACCCCGCUGCUGUUUGCGCUGGCGGCCGAGGCGGAGGCGGAGGCGGCGGCGGAGGCGGCGGCGCGGGCAGUCGAGCCGCCCAGCCCGCCGGCCUCGCGGGCGGCCUACCGCCAGCGGCUGCAGGGCGCCCAGCGGCGAGUGCUCCGGGAGACGUCUUUCCAGCGCAAGGAGCUCCGCAUGAGCCUGCCCGCCCGACUGCGGCCCGCGGCCCCCGCGCGGCCCCCCGCGGCGCACCCGCGCUCCGCCUCGCUCAGCCACCCGGGCGGCGGGGAAGUGGAGCCGGCGGGGCCCGGGGCUCCCUCGAGGGGAACCGUUGGCCGGGGGCGCCUAGCCACCCAGCAGCGGAAGUGGUGCUUCUCGGAACCAGGGAAGCUAGACUGCGUGGGUCGGGGCGGUGGAUCUGCAGGGGAAUGCUCGAGUGAGCCCGGCUCCAGUUCUGGCAUUGCCAGGCCCGAGCCCCAGGAGCGUAGGGUGCUGGCGGAAUUCGAAGGUCACCGGAACAGAUGGCCGCCUGAAACCCAGCCCCGAGGCGUAGAGGACCCAGAACCUCGGUCCCUGAAGCUCGGUGACGCCUAUAGACCUUCCAGUCGGAGUCGGAGCGCUUCAGGGGAAGUCUUGGCUCCCUGGGGAGGUCCAGGAGGGGUCAUGCCCCUUGUCCAGGCUGUUCCUCAAGGAGCAGAAACCCUCAGACCAUUGUUUCAGACCAAACUUGCCAGGUUCCUGACUCAAAAGGAAGCCGCAGUGGUGUGUCCUGCAGAGUAUCCCCAGAGCAGUCCUGUUGGCUGGGAACCGAGGGUCUCAGAGACAUGUAUGGGGGCUGCUGGGCUCCCAUCCCUUCCAGAUGAUGAGGUUUUCCUGGAAGAAGUCCCCCUGGACAGAAGGAGAUCACCUCCAGACACCCAUGCCCCCCCAGGAAACCCACUCAGUGUCCAUGUCUCUGACCAGCAGUAUGGAACUGGCUCAGGCCAGAGGGCUGACCAGGCUACAGUCCCUCUGGAGCACCCCCUCCAUGAGCACCCAGAGACUGCAGGGGCAGAUGACUGCUGGCAGAGGAUAAAUGGUUCUAUGGGUGUCUCUAAGACCAUAAACUAUAGCACCCUCAGGACUGCAAAUGGUGACAUCGCAACCUUUGACCCCAAUGGACGGCUGACCAUUGACUCAUUUGCAGCUGCAGAGAGUGACUCUCUCAAACCUCUCCCAGUUGAUGCCCUGGGACCUCCAAGCAACAAUACCCCAGGUGCUCCUGGCCAUACUGCCCUGGCUUGGGGCACUGGCCAGCCUGGUUCCAGGCCAACAUGGCCCAGUCCUCGCCUCGAGGAGCUGGUUCAGGAGCUGGCCAGACUGGAUCCCUCUAUGAGUGACACUCUCACUUCCUGUCCCAGCCCAGACCCACCCCUGGACCUGCUAGAUGGGCUGAUUCCUUUAGCAGAGGUCUGGGCUGCCAUGAGGCCAGCCUGUGAGGAGGCUGGAAAGGAGGCUGGUGGUAGUCCUGAGCCAGGCUCCAGCCAGUUCCUGCCAACUUGUCAGGAGGAGACAAGGUUUGGAAACCAUACCACCUACCCUGUGCCUGACCAGGCCUGUGGCCAGGGUCUCCCUGAUCCAAAUAACAGCAUCCAAGCCAAGAAAAUGGAGCUAGCUGACCUCCUCCAAAAGAUGCUGCGGAACCUUCAGGCCGAGCAGGAGCAGCUGCACGGGGCGGCCCAGGCUUGGGCCAGGCGCGGGGCUGCUCUGGAGGCCGCGGUGGGCCAGGCCUGUGCUCCCCGCGACCGAGAGCGGUUCAGCAGGUUCAUGGCCGACCUAGAGCGCGUGCUUGGCCUGCUGCUGCUGCUGGGCUGUCGCCUGGCCCGCGUGCGGCGCGCCCUGGCCCGGGCGGGCGCAGACAGCGACCCGGACGAGCAGGCCUCUCUGCUGCGGCGACUCGGGCUCCUGCAGCGGCAGCAGGAAGACGCCAAGGAGCUGAAGGAACACGUGGCGCGGCGCGAGCGGGCCCUGCGCGAGGUGCUGGUGCGCGCCCUGCCCGCGGAGCAGCUGAGCGCCUAUCGCGCCCUGCUGGCCGGCAAGGCGGCCGUCCUGGCCCAGCGGCGCAGCCUGGACGAGCGGGUCCGGCUCCUUCAGGACCAACUGGACGGCGUCAGGAGCGACCUGGGCCCUCGUCCCCUGCCCCCCAGGCUGGCCUGGCCCCCAGAGACCCAUCUUCCAGAUAAACCGCCCUUCCUCCCGCCCCUCCUCUAAUUACAGGCGGUGGGGGUGGGGAGCACUGCCUCUGCCCCUCUCCCACAUCACGGGGCGUGACGCUGGUUGACUUGGUGCUUUUCCCUUGCCGGGAGCAUACUAAGUGUUUGCAUGUAGGCUUACCCACGUCGUGUGGAUUAUUUGGUAAUUAAUUUAUGGAUUUUUAAAACUGCAGUAUUCCCCCCCUUUUUGUGAGGAGAGGCUCUGUCUGGGUUGGUGGGAGGGAGAGGAGACAAAUCAGAGGAGCAUUUCAACUUAAUAUGCAAAAUGGUCUUUCUUUUCUUUUCUUUCUUAAUGAUAAUUGGUGUGAGGAGUGUGUGUGUUACCUGGAGCCUAGCUUGGGGGACAAAUCUUGUUUACAGACAAUGGACAGAAGAGGAAGGUGCUGGAGGACCUCAGGUCAGGUCUGGGAAUCCCUAGGAAGACAGGGAUACAGGCUUGAAGCCAGGAGGGACCAAGGGGACGCCAGGCCUUCCAGCUCCACUGGCACCAGUAAUCCCUACGGUUCCGGUGACUCCAUCACCACCGCAAAAGCCUGGGCCUGACUGGCCGACCCCAGGUCUCCUUUGCUGGUUUUUACCCAAGCCUCCAACCUCAAAAGUAGAAGUGGGGGUAACUGCUUCCCUUCAAGACUCAAGGGAUAGGGAAUUUCCCCAUACGCAAAAUAGGUUCAUUUGCUUUGCUGCCUAAAAACCUUGAGGAAUUCAGGGACAUUUAUUCCAAGACUCAGAAGUGAGUUUAUCCAGCUCUCCUUGGAAGCCCUACUGGAUCCGCCAGGCUUGAGGAGGGCUGUUGGGCAUGGGAGCUGAAGGUGAGGCAUUGGGAAACCUGGAGACCGAGAAUAGGGGGGCUGAGGACCCGGAGAGGCAGCUCUGCUUGUGUGCUAGAGAGGCUAAGCUGGGGGUGAACCGGGGUUGGGAGUGGGGAGUUAGGGGCUGGUGUGGAAUGAAACGGAGGACACACACUCCCCUCUGUUUGUGCAUCAGCCCUGUGUGCACAGAGUCAAUGUUAAGUUCUCAAAUAUACAUGUGAAAAUGUGCUUUAGUAUUUGCAGCUGCACACGCCAGGGCCAAGAACAUUGUUCAUGCAAAUGUUGAGUGUAUUUUUUGGAAGUUGGGCACAUUAAAAGGCAUGUGUAUGUGUAUUUAAAGCCAACUGACCCCAAAGUGAGAAAUCUCUGCUUCUGGGCUUGUUUUCCGAUGUGUAUUGUCACUAAGUGCAACUGGUUGGGAAUUUUAAAUGGUUGUAUUCAUACCAAAAGCAUUAGUUAUAACAGUUGGACUAUUGAGCACAGAACAAUGCUAACAUUGUGCCUCUUUAUGAAAAACAUAUGGGGCUCCUGCUGAAACAGUUAUGGGUUCUAACAUUAUGCUUUGCUUCUCUCCUUUGAACGCUGUGGGUGGGGCCUCUGCUCCAAAGUCCUCAGCCUAGCAGGGCAGCUCGCUUUGAGAUAGUCUGGAUGGAAUAAAUUUAUUUCUGCCUUUUGCCCUGUACAGCACCCUCUGCAACCUCCUAAUGUGAUAUUCUUGGGAAAACACUUAACAGUCAUCAGUUAGGCCAAUGGAAAUUGUAUACUGCUCAGAAGAAGCACUUCCAGCCCGGGAUGGGCUUGAGGAGCAGUCUGCCAUGGUCCCAUUAAAGUGCACUUCGGUUCUGUCCUGGGUUUUUCCACAGGGACUUAGGCUCCUGUGCUUGUCCUUACCAGAUGGGGAGAGUAGGGCCACACCUCCUUCACCCAUCCUUUCAUCUUGCCUCUGUGUUCUUCCUGCCCCAUUUUAUGUCCCUUCCACACUGUUAUUCCGUCAGAGUGCAAGAAUGAGCACCACAGGUGUUUAGUAUUGGCACCACAGACUUUUUUUUUUAAAAAAAGAUCUUUAUUUGAGAGAGCACAGGGAGGGGCAGAAGGAGAGGAAGAAGCAGACUCCCCCCUGAGCAGGGAGCCCCACAAGAGGCUGGAUUCCAGGACCCUAAGAUCAUGACCUGAGCCGAAGGCAGACCUUAACCCACUGAGCCACCCAGGCGCCCCCAGACUAAGACUUUUUGUGGUGGUGUGUGGGCAGGUGCCAGAAGCCCAGUGAAUUCCACCCGCCAGGAUGCUGCCAGCAGAGGGCACUGUUCGCCCUGGGAUGAAGGCCUACCUGCCCUUCACCGUAGCCUCCUCCCCCGGCAGUAGGCCCUAUGGGCUAAGCACCCGGGCUUUGCCUUCUCCGCAGAGCAGUGCUCUUGUCUGAAGGCUGGAUCUGAGCCUUUUUGCUUCUAUUGGAAAGAAAUUCUGGCCAGCCGGCCGCGGGGAAGCUGGCUUGCUUUCCUUUGCCACCAGGCCUUGGUUGGAAAGUUGUUGGUCAAUGAGAAGUGGGCAGGAGGGAAGCCGGGGAUGUUGAUCUCGAGUAUCAGUAUCAAAAGGAGCCUUAUUUAGUCUCCCGGGGUGGAAAAGAGGGUUUCAUGGGUCUCUGUUGGGGUUUCUGCCCCCCCACCUCCUCAAGCCACCAGCGCCCACCCCCGUUCGUUCCGCCCGCAGCCCCGCCUCCUGCGGCGCUUGUCCCCGGGCUUUUUGCAGAGGGCCGGCUUCUGCUGGCGUUGUUGCUAGGCAACAGGCAGCACCGCGGCCGCCUCCCGCUCUCGCCUCGUCUCGCCCCCGCUGCUCCUCCUAAUAUGGAUUUAAUUAGUGUACUUUUUAC